ACAGCACACUGUGCGGGGCAGGGCUACUCCGGGAUCAGGAUUGGGAAGCCCUAGGCUACCCCGGAUCAUCGUCCUGCCCCAACAGGUAGCCUCUCUCUCUCUCUCUCUCUCCCCCUCUCUCGCGCUCUCACGCCUGCGCACGUCAUCCCUCUCGCUUCUCGCGCGCUGGUUAAAAAGAAGGUGGAAAAGUCCGAGCACCAUGUGAGCGCACUGAAGGCGCUGCAGGAGGCAACACGGUGCUGCUGCUGCUUCUGCACCCACCACUGAGAGCACUAAACGGGGGAUUUAUUUUGUCUGCGCGAGGGAACCUGCUCAGACUCCUUUUUGAUCGACUUUUUUUUUUUGCUUUCUUUCUCUCUUUCUUUUCUUGGGUUUUGCAUACCAUUAUGCAAGAACACGUUUUUGCCUGUGUCGUGCCAUCCUAACCAGCACUUGUUCCCUUUCACGUGACUAAUACUGAAGCCCACAUACUUUACGUUCACGUAUUUUUUAUGUUUGGCUGAACUGGAAUAAAAAAAAAGUAUUCAAAUAAACUUUAUUAACUGCGUUUUUGACUGCUCAGCAGCAGCGGCAGUUCUCUUUUUUAACUGAGGGUCUUUUCCACCAUGAGGCAUCUGAAGUUUGUCCUGGUGCUGGCCGUGGCCGCCAACCUGUGGGAGUGCGGCGAGGCCAGGCUGGGAGAGAAGGGCGAGCUCAGCCCGAGGAGGAGGAGAUGCUACGACGGCAGUCUGCCCAGGCGCCUGAAGAAGAAGGAGCGCAAAGUGGCCGUGGAGGACGGGGCCGUGUGCUCCAGGCUUUACCCGCGAGUGUCCUGCUGCACCGUCCGCAGAGCGCCCUACCAGAGCCUCCACCGAAGAGACACCACGAUCUAUUCCACCAAUAAUACGGAAUGUUCCAGACUGCUGCAGGAGAUAAAGUGUGCCCGCUGCUCUCCUCAUGCCCAGAUGCUAUUCCACUCACCUGAGGAAGAGUCCUCACGGUACCGCGAGCCUGACCUGCCCCGCCUCUGCCCCGAGUACUGUCGAGAGUUCUACUACACCUGCAGGGGACAUGUACCAGAGCUGUUCCAAGCUGACGUGGACGAGUUCUGCCAGUACUACGGGAGGAGAGACGGAGGCCUGUGCUUUCCUGAUUUCCACCAAAAGCUCCCACGGGGCCAAGACUCCAACUAUUUAGGAGAUGAGAAAAUAGAUGCAAUCAACAGGAAGCACAAGCACAACUGCUACUGUGCCCAGGAGAUCCUUAGUGGGCUUCGACAGCCUGUGGCUGUGGUGCACUGUGGGGAUGGGUCUCAACGCCUCUUCAUCCUGGAAAAGGAGGGCUUCGUCCGCGUCCUCACCCAUGACAUGGAGCUACUCAAAGAGCCCUUCUUGGACAUCCAUAAACUGGUGCAGACAGGGAUCAAGGGAGGAGAUGAAAGGGGCUUGCUAAGCCUGGCAUUCCAUCCCAAUUACAAGAAAAACGGAAAGCUCUACGUCUCCUAUACGACUAACCAGGAGCGCUGGGCCAUCGGACCUCACGACCACAUUCUCCGUGUGGUCGAGUACACAGUGUCCAGGAAAAACCCCAAUCAGGUGGACACGAGGACCACCCGGGUCUUAAUGGAAGUGGCAGAGCUCCAUAGGAAGCAUCUAGGAGGGCAGCUGCUUUUCGGGCCCGAUGGCCUACUACACAUCUUCUUGGGCGAUGGCAUGAUCACGCUGGAUGAUAUGGAGGAGAUGGAUGGUCUGAGUGACUUCACGGGAUCUGUACUGAGGGUGGACGUGGACACAGAAUGCUGCUCCACUCCAUAUGUCAUACCCAGGAAUAAUCCAUACUUCAACAGCACCAAUCAGCCACCUGAAAUUUUCGCCCAUGGGCUGCAUGAUCCAGGCAGGUGUGCAGUCGAUAAGCUUCGCAUGGACACCAAUGGGAGCCUCCUGAUCUUGUGCACUGACUCCACUGGAAGAAACACAACAGCAGGGAGGAUCCUGCAGAUCAGUAAAGGGAAAGACUACGAAAAUGAACCAUCAGUCUUCGACUUGGGGUCUACUGGUGGUGCAGUCCCAGUAGGAGGAUUCAUCUACAGGGGCUGUCAAUCAAGAAGGCUUUAUGGAAGUUACGUAUUUGGUGACAAAAAUGGGAACCUCAGGAUCCUUCAGAGGCCUACUGAUGACCGGCCAUGGCAAGAGAAGCCACUCUGUCUUGGAAGUAGCAGUUCAUGCGGUUCCUCAUUGGUAGGCCACAUCCUGGGGUUUGGCGAAGAUGAACUAGGUGAGGUCUAUAUCUUGGCAUCCACCAAAAGCUUGGCCAUGCAGUCACACAGUGGUAGACUCUACAAACUGGUGGACCCUAAAAGGCCCCAGGUCCCUAAGGAAUGCCGGCGGCCGGUGGAGGCUCCUGAAAUGCUAAGCAGCUCCUGUUCACGGGAGUGCAAGAACGGCCACUGCACACCAACCGGCAAGUGUUGCUGCAACAAUGGCUGGGAGGGUCCCUUCUGCAUACGAGCCAAGUGUGAACCUGCUUGUCGCAACGGUGGGGUCUGCAUCGAACCCAAUAAGUGCUUCUGUAAGGAAGGCUUCAAUGGAGCCCAGUGUGAGAAGGGAGAGCGUGGUGUACAAGAGGACCAAGACAAAGAUGGCAUCUUGGAUCACAUCAUUGACAUGACGUCUUAUCUGCUGGACCUCACCAGUUACAUCGUAUAAAAGGGCAGGGAGAAGAAGCUAUUCACUCCAGCCCCAGGACUGAAUUUUAAGGACGCAUUCAAGGGUUUGCCUUCAGAACACCCCCAACAUCCAACAGCAUCCCAGUGUCUGAAUCACCUGACAAACAGAUUUGGCUGAUGCAUUAAAAACUGGUUAUUCAGGCAAAUAUCAACCAAUUCACUUGAAAUCAUCCUCAUAUUACCUAGUUUGACCUUUUUUAAUUUUCACUUAAUUUUAAACAAUACUUCUAAGCUAAAAUUCAAAUUCAUAAGUAACAUUGGUUUAUAGAUUUGUUUGUAGAGUUAGAUUAAGCCCAGAUGUUGCCCAGGAGAGUCUUUCAUAAGCUACAUGCUUUGGAUCUCCAAGCACUAUUUCAUACACCUCAUACACAGCCAUGCAUAGACAGUGACACAGCUGGGCGUCCUAAAGAACCUCUCUCACAGCUAUAGGGAUUACACUAAAUGGAGUGACCAUGUUUCCCUGUGUACACUGCAAGCUUGUUAUGCCACAACGUUUAAAGCUUAUAGCUUAAGUCUUAAAGCUUAUCGCCCUAUUUCCUGCUUCCACUGUAGUAAGGUCCAAGUGAAGUUUCCCAGUGAAAAGGACCUUUCAGAUGUCUCCAACAAUUGGACUCAUCAUUUGAGCUCAGUUUGGAUGUUCUACCCCUGGACAGAUGAUCAGACACUGAUUGGGACACCCAAUGUACAACAGAGGUGCACAAAAUGGAAGACAAAUCAUAGAAAGCAAAGAAAACACAAGACUUGCAACAAGUAAUAAGGCUCACUUCAGGAAACCAAAUGGACAGUCUACAUGGCUGAAACGUACCAUGGGAAGCUAUGACUGCCCUGGAUCCGCUACCCCUGACCAAAGGGUUAGCCUUAUAACCAUAAUGGCAAUAAAUAUAACGAACUUCACUGUAUUCACUCUUUUGGUCAGUCUCGCAUCAUACACCAUUGAGAUGUGAACACCAAGAGCAAAAAAAAUGAAGGGUUAGUCAGAAGAACUGAAGAAAGAUGCUGACAGCACACAGUGCCAUAGCAUUGUUCCACCUGAAUAUAUAUUCAUAUUCACCUAAACCUGUGCGAUAGAGUCACUCAGAUGGGACUUAAUGCCAGUCUGCUUGCAGUUUGUGAAAUGAUCUAGGGAGUUAACAAGUCACUGCUGGGGGAAUCCUAAAAAGUCAAGCCUGAAGAUUGCUUGUAUUCAGUGUGUAUUUUAUAUAAAGACAAUAUGUUGAGUCGCAAAUCAAGAAUGUUUUGACAGUCACUUUUAUUCCAUUUCUUACACUGUUACUUUGGAGAUGGUACGCUGAGAAAAUGCCCUCGAGCUGUAUUUACUUUGGUUUAGCAUCGGGGCAUCAACCAUGCUAUUUUCCAAUAUUCUUCAUGACCAUGCACGCUGCUUUCAGUACAAAUAAUGUAUUAUAGUACAUUUCAUUAUGCUUAUGUAUCUUUUUGUUCCUGUUUAAAAUUCAGCACAGAAACAAGCUAGUUUCUUAUAAAUGUUGUUCGUAAAGCAUGUAAGACCAUUUCACAGAUGUUCUGAGCUAGUAACACUGCCACAAGUACAAAGGAUUACUAUUAUUAUUAUAAUUAUUAUUAAAAAUAAUAAUGGAAAUAGGUCACUGUCAGUCACUCAGUCCUUUCCAUAAUCAAAAGUCCUCAUCUUUUUCUAAUCACUGAAUGGUAUUCAGUCACAUUUUUGAAAGGGAACAAGCAUAGUGUUGUACAUUUCUCAUAGUACUGUACUACGAUAAGUACUACUUAGCUUUCAAAAUAAUAUAGUAUUACUAUUGUUUUGAUAGAGGAGGGUCUAUUUUUUUAAGUGUAAUAAUAUAUGGCAGAGGCGAGUGUUAAUAGAAAGCAGUUCUACAUUAAGCCUAUGAAUUAAUUCAUAUUGUAUAUUGUCUUUUAUGCAUACACUUACACAGUUCCCAAAUGAUAAAUGAUUAAGCUAUUGUAAGCAUCUCGUCACCUGUUAGAAAGUUUGACCCACUGUGCAUAAAAAUCUGCCAUUAUGACUUUCGAGGUUCAAUAAUUAGAAGGUUCGGAGACGCAGAGGCAGUUUGCUCAUUUAAUUUGCUAUAUCUGUCUGUUAACUCCAAGUUAGUAAAUGAUGCCAGUGUUUUACUUUUGAUAUGGUCCAGUGGGGAGGGGUAUAAUAUUUUUGAGAGAGGCCUACAGACGUGAAAUUAUGUGUAAUCAUAUUGGUUAACCGAUUAUUGUGAGAAUCGCAAUGCUAGUUCAUCCCCAUAGUAAACUGACCAAAUAAAACAUUUUGUGCCAUGCAGAAAAAACUUCUGGACACUACAAAAUACCUGCUGAAUGUACUUCUCGACUGUGGUUCAUUGUGCUGUUUCAUCAUUGUUGCACUUGAACUUAUUUUUUGGUCGACCCCAUCUUCCAUCACAUUUAGCAGAGAGUGGCCUUACUGGUUGGUUGGAUUGAAUCAUUUCGCCAGCGUCCAGAGAUGUGAAAACUAUCCAUUUCUUCCAAAAGUACAUUUACAUCUAUCUGUAACGUUUGCUUCUUUUUCAUGGUUGAUCAUUUGUUUGCAUAAAUAGGGUCAUACAUUAUUAUAUAGUAGAGUAUUCGGGUAUACUGCAUCAUUAGACACACGUUUUCAUUCUCUUUCAGCAUUACAGGGGGGUUACAUUCUCUUGAGAAAUUACGCUAACGACGAUCUUGUCUUCGAUUUGAAACCGUCUUGGUUUCAGUAAGUGUAAAGAAUCUAUGCUGUAAGUCUAUUCUGUAAUAUUAGCACUUAAUGUGAAACUUGCAUCGGAGCUGCUGGGAAGGUGUUUGUGUGAAUAGAGUAACCCUUUUUUUUGUUUUUGUUUUGUUUUAUUUCAUUAUUUAAGUAGUUACACCAUAAAGUUAUUUAAGUUGUCUACAAUGUUUGUACUGUUUCAUGUGAAGAAUUUGAUCAUGUAUUGUAAAUAAAGCUAGGGCUAUCUCAGUUUCCUCCCAGAAAUAUCACUAUGUUUAUUAAAGUGUAUAGCAUGUUUGAAAA